UAAGACCAACACGAAGUGCCUUUACAUUCUACUCAGACGCAGCGUCCGUUGGCAGACAGUGGUCUUUCGACUCCGUGACAUAAUUCAGCCCUCUCUUGGGGACAGUUGUCUCUCGCGCAUAGGUGCACCACCACACAGAAAGGAUUUUGUUCCUCCGGAAUUUGGAAUUUUAUAAGAGGGUACUGCGAAGAAGUGCCGACUGCUUGUCAAUAACCACCAACAGUGGACUGUAAUACCGAGUUGCCGUGCAUGUGUGGAAGGGAUAUUUCAGACGGACAGAAGAUGCCUGCCGAUAUGAUGGAAAAAAACUCAUCCUCUCCGGUUGCUGCUACCCCAGCCAGCAUGAACACGACACCUGAUAAACCCAAGACGGCUUCCGAGCACAGGAAGUCAUCCAAACCUAUCAUGGAGAAAAGGAGAAGAGCCAGAAUCAACGAAAGCUUGGGACAGUUGAAAACACUUAUCCUGGACGCGCUCAAAAAAGAUAGCUCUAGACACUCAAAACUUGAAAAGGCAGACAUCCUGGAGAUGACGGUGAAACACCUCCGGAACCUCCAGAGAGCGCAAAUGACUGCUGCGUUGAACACUGAUCCCACCGUGCUGGGGAAAUACAGAGCUGGAUUCAGCGAGUGCACGAAUGAAGUCACCCGUUUCCUAUCCACCUGCGAGGGGGUUAACACCGAGGUCAGGACGCGGCUUCUCGGUCACUUGGCCAGUUGCAUGACGCAGAUCAACGCUAUGAACUACCCCACACAGCACCAGAUUUCAGCCGGGCCUCCCCACCCCUCCUUCGGCCAGUCCAUGGUACAGAUGCCCAACUCAUCUCCGCAAGGCAACGUGAUGCCCCUGCCUUGUAAAGGUGGCUCUCCCCAGAGCAUGUCACCAGAAGCCACUAAAGUAUACGGCGGUUUCCAGCUCGUACCUGCCACAGACGGACAAUUCGCCUUCCUCAUCCCCAACGCAGCUUUUGCACCCAACGGUCCGGUUAUCCCGGUGUAUGCGAACCAGGUCAACACGCCUGUUCCAGCGGCAGUGUCCCCCGGUGCACCGACAGGCAACUCGGACUCAGUGUGGCGACCCUGGUAGAUAAAAAUAAAUAAAAAAUACACAUUGAAAAUACUUUUCUAAUGACACUCAGUUCGAUCAUUGUUCAAUGUUACAAAACAUUUGUUUUGAUUUUGUUUUUGUACUUUCAAUGCGUUAAGAUGAAAAGAUGCACUAUAUUUGUAUAGCUUAUGAGGGAGUGAAGUUCAUAUUGGAAUGAGAUUUGUAUUGUUGAAGUCUUUUCACUGCAUUUUAUAUUCGAGGUGUCUUUUGUACUGUGUGAUGCCAAAGAUAUGUUGAAUGCCCUUGACGUAAUUCUUCGUUUUGGAAGACAAAUAAAUUUGUAAAGAUA